CAGAAUAAUCGCAUCUUCUUCUAUGAGUAAUUGCAUAGAUAUUCUUCUGCCUUUACUACAUAUAAAUAGAACACAUGACCCUAUAAUAACAAGUUAACAACCAUAAAACAACAGCUAGGUAGCAGCAAGACCCGUUCACAAGACUAAUCAAAUCAAACUUCAAUAUUCAACAACAUCAACGACAUAAGAAUCAAAUUAGAAUUACCAGUAUUAACAAUGGCAAUCACAGGUAGAUUGCUACAUGUAUCAAGACCACUGAGAUUCACUGCACCUUCUAAUUCUCUCAAUUCUAAUUCUUCUUCAUCGGUUAGGAGCUUAAGCAAUGGAGGUGGGGCCAAAAAAGAAAAGGGAAUUACGUUAAAUGAAGAUAUGAAGUCUAGAUCAACAGUGGUGAAAGCAGUAGUUGCAUCAGAAAAGACUCUUGUAUCAACAGAACCACAAACAAAGAGCAAUAAUAUACAAGAUUUGGUUUCCCUCGCAGCAGCUGUUACAGAUGUUGUUAGAAGGAUAUCUAGAUUUUCAGUGCGCCGAAAAUCCUGGAAAGAACGGGUUCAAAUGAUGGUAGAAAAGGGUAUAGUUGAUUGUCGAUUCUUUACAUUGUUCGCGGUUACAGGUUCCUUAUUAGGCUCAGUAUUAUGCUUCAUUGAGGGUGCUUUUUUUAUUCUAGAGUCAUACAUUGAAUACUUUAAAGCCAUAUCAGAAAAAUCAGAUCAAGGGCAUGUUAUGCAUUUGCUAAUUGAAGCUAUUGAUAUGUUUCUUCUAGGAAGUGCCCUACUUAUUUUUGGGAUGGGAUUAUAUGUUAUGUUUGUGGGAUCAAGGACUAUGAACAAAGAAAAAGGGGUUUUGAUUUCCGGGUCUAACUUAUUCGGGCUCUUCCAUCGCAAGGGUCUACCAGCAUGUAUUGGAAUGCAGUCGGUAUCACAAGCCAAGUCAAAAAUUGGGCACGCAAUAUUGAUGAUACUUCAAGUUGGAGUUCUGGACAAGUUCAAGAAUGUACCUUUGGUUACCGGAGUUGAUCUUGCCUGCUUUGCCGUAGCCAUAUUAGUUUCCUCAGCUUGUGUCUUCCUUUUGUCGAAACUCUCCUUAGAUCAGCAAACAGCAAGUUGAAGAUAACCAACAUAUAUUUAGUAAUUUUUACCGAGUACGUACAGAGCCAAAGGAAAUCUAGUCCAUUAUUCUUUUAAUCAUUUGUCACAAACUGUACAUGUCCUAGGUACAUAUUAAUUUCUUACAGAUGGGGAGUCUGGUGAACGAAAUUAUCUUAGGAUCAAAUAUGUAAUUCUAUGUAGAUAUAAAUGUAUAAAAAUUGAAAGAAAAAAAAUUGCUAGCUGCUCUUCAUGUCGAUCAAUCUCAA